CUGUGAGGACACUGCCGAGGCCAAUCCCAGACUUUCAGGGCUAGGGAGAGAGAUAUCCGAACUGCAAGACACGGAGAGUCAGUAUCAUGGCUCUCCCAUUUGUCAUCCUUUUACGCCUUUGUUGUCUCGCUUCCCUUCCUUUCCUUUCCUACACCUCUAGGUGCACCUCGUUUCUGGCUAAAUCUCGCUUGGUUCAGUCCUGCCAAGCCCAAGGACUUCAAGCUAUCCCCUCAGAUAUUCCUCCUGAGACUCAAGUUCUGCUGCUUAAUUUCAACAACAUUGAGUCUGUCACUCAGCAUGCUUUCCCAGACCUCCAGUUCCUACAGGCCCUCUCCCUUGGUGCCCAGAAAACCGUGGGGUCCUUCAUCGUUGGGGAAGAUGCUUUCCAUCAUUUGCCAAACCUGACAUCUCUUGACCUGGGAGGUAAUCGCAAUCUCAUCCUCCACCCUAAAGCCUUCAGAGGUUUAUCUAGAUUGGAAAUUCUUCUUCUGGACUCCAAUGGGUUGAACGAGUCUGUUCUUGAGUCUAGUUUACUUAUGGAACUACCUUCUCUCCAGAAAAUUGACCUCUCUUUUAAUCAGAUACACAGACUACGUCCUGAUCCCAGCUUCCUGCAGUUAAGUUCAAUUUCUUCUAUCCUAUUGAAGUUCAACAAAAUAAGUGCGCUAUGUGGAGAUGAUCUCCAGUAUUUGCAAGGAAGGAGAAUUAAACUUCUUGAUCUUUCCUCCAACCCCCUAAAAUAUGAUAAUCUCUCCUGCACCAAUCCCUUUAAAAAUAUAACAUUAGGAAUACUAGACAUUUCAUCAAUGGCUUGGGAUGUAAAAAAGGUGGAAAACUUCUUUAAAACAAUUUCAGGGACUCAAGUUGAAAAUAUCACAAUGAGGUAUAAUGCUUUGCUGGGGAGUGGAUUUGGGUUCAAAAAUCUGAAAGAUCCUAGCAAGGACACCUUUUCUGGGCUGAACUCCAGUAAUAUACAUAUAUUGGAUCUAUCCAAUGGCUUCAUUUCCCAUCUGGCCCCUCAACUCUUCACUGGUCUAUCUGAGCUGUUGUCCCUUGAUCUCUCAUCUAAUAAAAUCAGUGGGCUCAGUCCAGGGGCAUUUUUAGGAAUGGGAAAACUGGUGAGCCUUAAUCUGUCAAACAACUUCCUAGGAGAGAUUCUGAGUAAUAGUGUUAAAGACCUAGAAUCCACCUCUCUAAGAGCUCUGGAUCUCAGUUCCAACCACAUUGGAGUCAUUCAGUAUGGAUCACUGGAUGUCCUUGCUUCCUUGGAAUCACUCAACAUUAGAAAUAAUGCCCUUACAAGAAUACCACCAGUCAAACUCCCACGUGCUACUCUUGUGAUAUUAAGACAGAACCGGAUUGCAGACACUUUUGGCCUUGCUACCUUUUGUCCUCUUGUCACUUUCUUGGACAUUUCAAGCAAUCGUUUGACAGACGUAAGGUCUUUGUGGGACAUCCUUGAGCUAAGGAACUUGCAAUACCUACUGUUAGGUAGAAAUCAACUUUCUCAUUGCUCCCCUGUAGUUGCUGGCAAACAUACAAGAAUGAGUGGUUUAUUGUUUUUAGACAUGUCAAAUAAUGCCAUGGGGACAGUGUGGAAAUCUGGUCAAUGUGGGGAUAUCUUUAUGGGCUUGGAACAACUCCACACAUUAAAUUUAUCCAAGAAUGACCUCACAUCACUUCCUGAGAACUUGUUUAGAGGGUUGCUGAGUCUACGCACUCUUGAUCUAUCCCAGAAUCAGCUGACACGCAUACAGAGUGGACUAUUCCUUGGACUUGGAACAAUGAAAAGUUUGAAUUUAGGGAGCAAUACCCUGAUUACCCUGUCAGACUCAAACCUGGAGCCCCUGAGUUCCCUGAAAACCAUAGACUUGUCAGAAAUUACAUUUGUGUGUCACUGCGAUUUAGGGAAUCUCUUUGACUGGCUUUUGGCCAAUAAUGUAACCGUGCAUUUUGGGGCUAAUACGAUUUCAUGCAUUCAGGCCACUCCAAACGUCUCAGACACUUCCCUGAUCAACUUCUUAAGCAAUUGUUAAUAAAUUAUUUUUUCCUCUUAGUUUGUCAUCUUAUCUUUCUCUAUCAUACAUUCGGAUUUUUUCUCUAACAUUCCUAUUACUGCCAUUGAACUUUGUGGCUCCAUCUGCACUCUACCCACAAAUCAGAAAGUAAAGUAAUGUGUAAGGGGAGAGGUUAAGGAUGAACUAUGUAAGCUCAUGGAGCAGGGCCCUCCACCUCUCUGUUACUGUACGUCCAGUUGUCUGGUUACAAUUACAUGUCUGUUAGUCCACCCAUUGUACAGGGCUACGGAAUCUGAUAGCACUAUAUAAAUAAUAAAAUAAAAAUUAUAACUAAUCAAGUAAAAUAAAUUAUAAACAAAACUUCAGAGGAAAGUUCAACAAGUUUCUUCUACAACCAUUGGGAGAUACGACAAACAUUCUGAUAUAGUUUACUCAAAUGUGUCAACGGAUGCCUACAUGUUUGUUUUGGUUUUGCAUCUUUUGCUAUAGUAGCUUGGCUGAGACUUGUGAGCUUCUUAGACAUCUGUCCCUAUCCCUAAUGUGACUCAGAGACAGUGAUAGUUAAUAGUGAGCACUUGGUACUUGGUAUCACCAUCUGAUGUUCAAAUAUUCCCACUUGAUGCAGAUCUAAAUUUGUUCGCCAUGAUUGUCAUGUUGACUUGAGCAAGUGAUCAACCACUACAACUUGAGUAUUUAUGGUCAUGUGUAUCAAGGGUAGUCAACAGCUCUCUAAUGCUCUACCAAAGAUCAGUCAAAGAUCAAUCAAGGGUUAUCAUGGAUGUUGUAGUUCAAGAACAGCCUUAGAGCUACAGGUUUAAUAUCCCAAUUUUUAAAAUAAAUGUACAACAACGAUAGGCAUUAUCCAUAUAUGCUGCUGCUGCUUUUAAUAUUGUAACUCGGGCAUGUCAAUGUAUUUAUCGGGAAGAGAAGUUGUUAACAAUGUGUCAUU